AUGUCCAUCUUCGUCUGCGGCGCAACAGGCACCCAAGGCGGCGCCAUCACCCGCCACCUCCUGCAAAAAAACAUCCAAGUGCACACCAUCACACGCACUCCCACCUCCCCCGCCGCACAAACCCUCCAAACCCUCGGCGUACGCAUCACCAAAGGCGACUACGACGAUGAACCCUCCCUCCGCGGCAGCCUAACCGGCUGCAUCGGCCUCUUCCUGAACAUGACGCCCGACUUCCUCAACCCAGAGAACGAAACCAUCCGCGGCCGUCGAGUCCUCACCCUCGCCAAAGAAGCCGGGGUCAAAUACGUCGUCUACAGCAGCGCCUUUGCCGUCAAUGAACCACAGAAAAUCCGCACCUUCACUCCCACGGGCUUCACGGGGAAGAUGCUUCUUAGUAAACAAGCGCUGGAAAUUGAGACACGGACGUUGGGCUUUGAGAGAUGGACCAUCCUGCGUCCUGGGAACUUUAUGACGAAUUUUCUGGCGCCCCGGGCGCGGAUUUAUGCUGGUUUGGUGGAUAAGAAGUGUUGGACGACGGCUUGGACGCCCGAGACGCAGAUUGCGAUGGUGGAUCCGGAGGAUAUUGGCCGGGUCGGUGCGGAGGCGCUCUUCGAUGAGAGGUUUCAUGGGGUGGAAAUUGAAUUGGCAGGGGAGUUGUUGACUGUUGGGGAGAUAUUGGGGGCUUUGGCGAAGGCUACUGGGGUGGAAUUCAAGGCGGAUUAUAUGACGGAGGAGCAGAUUGGAGCGCAGAUUGCGACGAAUGUGUUGAUCGAGGCGCAGGUGGCUUUGCGGGAUAUGGCGCAAUUUGCGGAUCUGGAGAGGAAUAAGGAUUUGGGAUUGAAUAUGGGGACGUUUGAGAACUUUUUGGAGAGGGAGAGGGAGAAUGUUGAGAAGACGUAUUCUACUUAG